AUGUCUGGUAUUGAUGCAAUUGAAGCAGUUAUCAAGAAUAAGCAUAUCUUUGAUAGCAAGCUCAACGCCCCCGGUAGUGAAGGAUAUGUCGAUGAGGUCCGUGCAUGGAUGAUUGUCAAAAAAAAGUAUCGUCCUUCACGUAUUCAGGAAGCG